GGAAGAUGGGGUAGAUAUAGUGUAGAUAGUGAGAAUGAUAGAGGUAAUGGAGGGUUUGAGGAAAGACAGGCAAGAUGGAAGGAAAGAAAAGCAAUUAUGGAUGAAAGAUUUAACACUAUAUGGAACACUGGAUCAAACAACAUGCAACCUAACGAUGAUUCCUUAUAUGGUAUAUUUGAUCUGUGUGACCAGGAAGACACUGAUGUUGAAUUUGUUGCUGCAAACAAAAAACAAGAAGGGAAUAUUGCUGAAGAUGACCUUCCAGAUAUUGAAGUACCAAAUGAGCGACAGCAUAAAUUCUCAGGUGGGCAAAUGUGGAGUAAUUGCAACCCCUCCACUACUGCAGCCAAUAAAAACAUCAAAUCUGUAGGAGCAGCUAUAUGCAAUAGAACCAAUAGGAGAAUAUUCAGUGAUGUGUCACCAAAAAUAGUUGUGUCACCCUCAAUGUCAUCAGACGAUGAUGACCUCUUAGUGAACCACUUGCAACUAGCAGAGACAUCUAUUAACAGUGCCCACCAUCAGAAUGCAACUACCUGGAACAAAUCUACCGAAUCAGAAUGUGCCAUUUCUCCAAUGACUACAGAUCUUGUGAUGUCACAGGAAUCCCCUAUUAUUGGUCACAUGAUCUCAGAAAGAGCUGUAGAACCAAGCUCUUUUGUCACACACAGUCUGAAACCUGCAGAUGAUUAUGAUAACCCAACUGCAGACAUUUCCAAUCAAUCUGCCUCAAAAUGUCCUGAUCGCUUUGAAGCCUCGAUGGUGAGAAAUGAUCCCAAUGUGGUUCAUACAAGCCUCCCCUUUCCCAGACGAGACCACAAUGUAGCACCCACCAGUAUGUUUGCAGCUUCUCUUGGAAAUGAGAAAGAUCUGAACGAAGCAGAAGAAACAUUUGACAAUAUCUUCAGUGGUAUAUUCUAAAUGCAAGGAGUACCAUAAUCUACAAAUAUUUUGUGGACUUAAAAUCUAGUGCUCAUUCCAUGGAGAUGCUGGUCGGCUUCAGUGCUAAACUGUCAGAUUCGGCUACUCGAUCAUUUUGAAGCGUAUGUUAUCUUAUUGGAUAUUUUAUGUUCAUGGGAUAUCAUUUUAGAUAACCCAUAGAAUAGAACCUAUGGCAUUAUGGGAGAGACUGCUGGACACUUGAUUACCUGCAUACUAUAGAACCUAGGAUUGAACUCCACUAAUAUAGGUUCUAUUUCUGGAAGAUACAAUGUAUGUUUAAUGCAUACAUUUCAAGGGAUAAACAUUCAAAGCCAUUUGUUGCAAUCUAGUCAACAC